AUUUUAUGAAGAACUGACCUUGAAUUUACGUAUACACUAAUACUGUGACUAUACUUUUCUGACUAUAGAUCUGGAUCUAGAGAAUAAUAAAUAGAUCUAAAUAAUAAUUUUAAAAAAGGCUUGCAAAACAUGGGUGGUCAUACCGACGAUGGAAAAUCUACAGAGAGCAGUUCUCUUACUGAUCCUAAGUACCAAAAUUUAGCGCUCGGCCUUUUUAGGACCAUUGAUAGAGGCGUAACUUACUUUCGAGAAAAUGUUGUGUUGCCACGUCAGAGUAAAAACAAAGAGAAGUUCUAUCAUAGGCAGUUCAGAAGAGUACCAACUGCUGAUCAAUGUGAUUUUCAAGAUCAUGUUUGUAUUUAUGAAGCUGACCAGCAGUUUGUCCGAGACAAAAUGGUUGACAGUAACAUAGUGAAAAUCCUAAGACAGAGAAAGAUUGAGUGUUUAGCUUGGGAAGGACCUGACGGGGACUACAAAUGUAGACAGAUUAUACAGGAGUAUGAGGAUGCUGCCACAAACUGGUUUAUCAAAUAUGGAGAUAUGAAAACCUACAAGAGUUCUGUUGAAGCCUACAUGAAACAGAAGCAUAGACUUAUCUGGGAAAGAAGAAAUCCUGACAAAAAGCUUCAUUAAAAAAACAACACUUGUUAUUACCCUAGUUUAAAUAAUUCUUACUCAAGUUAGUUUAUAAGUUGUUGAUAUAUUUCAACUUUCUUUCAUAGCUUGGUUUUUAUCAAAAGUUAAUAUUGUAUUUGUACUGUUGUAUGAUAUUUUGAAGAACUGAAAAACUUGGUCUAAAUGAUAUUUCGAUGUUUAUAAUCUGAUUGUGUGAACAGGAACUCUUCAAUAAAUAAAAAAAUAGAGACUUAGAUAUAUUUAGUUUUAAAAAUAAAUUUUAAAAACUUAUUGGUUGAUGUGCAAAUGAAACUAGCAUUAAACUGGAAAAUUUCAA